UUCUCGGAGUGGAUGAACCAGUUUUGGGAAAUUUCGGAAAUGAGAUAAUCUUACAGAGUGAGCGAUGGAGAAGACGAAGAGAUACCUGGAGAAGCAUGAUGAUGAUCGGAAGCUUGCGUCCACCAUUGAUGCCCUUCCUUUCAGGUUUUACGAAAACUUUGUGAUGACUGAUCUUCGCGUUGAUCUCAUCGAACCUGGUCGGAUCGUUUGCUCUCUCAAAGUCCCCGCUCGUUUGCUCAACGAGAAUAAUUCCUUGCACGGAGGAGCCUCGGCGUCACUCGUCGACUGUAUUGGUUCUGUAGCGUUAAAGACUUUGGGCGCUAACACCACUGGAGUCUCCCUUGAAAUUAACCUCUCCUAUCUGGAUGCUGCUUAUCUCGACGAGGAAAUCGAGAUCGACGCGAAGGUUUUGCGAUUGGGCAAGACCAUUGCAGUAAUUAAUGUUGAAUUGAGGAGAAAAGGGAAUGGUAAAAUUAUUGCUCAGGGUCGCCACACCAAGUACCUUGCCAUCUCAAGCAAAUUGUAGUUAUAAACUCGUUUCAACAUUAGAGUACCUCCAACAAUUCCUCUGCUUCAUGAACUGACAUGGCAUCUUACGUUCUAUACCUUCAUCUGAAAGAACUGUAACGACAAUAACCUUUUCCAAGACUUUGUUGCUGAUAUAAUUCUUAUAAUCUGUUGCUAUUGCUGAAAUAUAAUUUCAUCUGAUGCCUUCUUU